GAUGAUGAAACGAGCAGGAGUCCAACCGUACACGAACCAUCAGAAGAAGAAAUGGAACUCGAGGAAGUCUGGAAUGCAAAACGCAAGCAGCGGGCCAGGGUUCCAGACAAGAAGUGCAGUGGAAGGAGAUACCGACAGGACACAGGCUACUCUACUGCAUCCAGCUCACAUGGUUCCAUGAAGGACUCCAGGAAGCAGCGAACUCGGUCCACUAUGACCAGCAGAAUCGAUAUGCGACCAGCACACACAAGCCGCCAUGACAAUCGCGAUAAAUCACAUGAUAAGCAUCGUCACUCAUCAUCACCAGCACAACGAAGAUGCAGACGGGAAGGGAAGGGCAGAGACUCUUCCAGGGACAGUGAUAGGCUCAGAUAUAAAGAAGAAGACGAGAUAGUCUGACAGCGCAGGGCCGCCAUUGGUGUGGUGUUCUUCCUAUUUUUAUUGAUCCUUGCACUAUGCAUGCUCCUGAUCCAUGGAGGGAUAUCACCAGAUGGCGUGGUGAUUGCAAGAAGCAAACCCCCACCACAUCCACCCUACAUCAUUCAGCCUUAGUAAUCUGUUCUAAGUUGCAACUGCCUAAUAUUUCAAUCUGCUGUUGUUACAAGAAACAGAUAAAUGUUGUGACUGUAAAAAAUUGAGAUCUGUAAAUCAGUUCAUAAUGUCUUGAAAUGCUCAGACUAUAAAAUAUUUACUCUAUUGAAUUCUGUAACGUUGUCUUGUAUAAUUUUUUUUUUCAAAUUUACGAAGGUCUGAAGAAGCAAAUGGAUUAUAUUAUGACCUUGCAUGAAUGCUUUUGUGGACUUAGAGAAAAAUGCAAAGCUAAGAAAAGGGAUUACAUUUUUCAUUUAUUUUUUAUGCAAGUAAGACUUAAGUAUAUUUCCACAGUAGAAUAUUUUUUCAUAAACCUUUGAACAUAAUUCAAAUGUGUAUGACACAGUAAUUGUUUUAUAGGUGUACUGUAUAUUUGGGUAAUUACAGGAUAUGUGAAAUUUCUAAACAAAAAGACAUUACUUCAAAUAUUAGGCCACUGUCCUUACAGUGAGACUCACAUUAUUACCGUGUCAUUCUGUG